AUGAAACUCUUUACGGUAUUGUUCGUUAUCGCUUUCGCGGUUGUCCUGGUUGAAGGUCAACGAGGAUUCGGACGUCGAAGAUCUCGUGGUUUUAAUGGAUUUCGUGGACUUCGUGGACCAGGCGGACUAGGUGGACGAGGCGGUCCAGGUGGACCAGGUGGUCGUGGCGGUCCACGACUAAUCGUUGGACAACCAGGUUUUGGAGGUUUCGGAGGAUGUGGUGGUGGCAAUCGUCAUCGCCAUCAUCAUCGUCGUUCAACUGCUGCACCAUCGACUGUCGCACCAGCAGCUUCUUCGUCAUCAUCUGCGACUGUCGCACCAGCAGCUUCUUCGUCAUCUGCCGCGCCAUCAACCGCUGCACCAUCGACUGUCGCACCAGCAGCUUCUUCAUCAUCUUCUGCCGCGCCAUCAACCGUUGCACCUUCGACUGUCGCACCAGCAUCUUCUUCAUCAUCUUCUGCCGCGCCAUCAACUGCUGCACCCUCAACUGCAGCACCAUCAACAGCUGCACCAACAACUGUUGCAGCAUAA